CUUUAUAAAAUCUGCAUCAUUUGAUAAUUAAGCUAAAUAAUUCAACUCUUCAUUUGAGCAGAGCUGAGCUAUGUCUACCAAUUUACUACUUGUUUCAAUUCUCUUGUCCAUAUUAUUAUGUGGAUUCUUUACCAAGAUAACUAUCGCAUUCUCAAUUGAAGAAGCAACCAUAGAUGAACUUCUGCUGGCAUUUAAGCAAAAAAUUCUAACCUCCAGACAACUCGUUCAGUUCUACCUCGAUCAAAUCAGCAGGCUCGAUCCGAUCCUUCGAGGGGUCAUAGAAGUGAACCCUGAUUCUCUCGUCCUGGCUGACAAGGCUGACCAAGAGCGUGAGGCUAAGGUUCCAGGAAGUUUGCCUAGUUUGCAUGGCAUUCCAAUCCUGCUCAAGGAUAAUAUAGCAACCGAAGACAAGCUCAACACCACUGCUGGCUCGUAUGCGCUGCUCGGCUCAGUCGUGCCCGGUGAUGCAGGUGUGGUGGUCAAGUUGAGGAAAGCUGGCGCCAUCAUAUUAGGGAAGGCUAGCAUGAGCGAAUGGUCUGGUUUUAGAUCGAGUUCUUUUGCUGAUGGUUUUUGUGAAAGAAAAGGUCAAGGAAAGAAUCCUUAUGUUCAAUCACAAGGGCCUUGUGGGUCAAGUAGCGGAUCAGGAAUAUCAGUGGCAGCCAAUAUGGUAGCAGUUUCCCUGGGGACAGAGACUGAUGGAUCCAUCUUAUGUCCAGCCAGUGUUAACUCUGUUGUGGGUGUCAAACCAACCGUUGGUCUCACUAGUAGAGCUGGAGUCAUCCCGAUCUCCCCCAGACAGGACACAGUGGGUUAUUCUGAAUAUAUAUGCACAUCGCUGGCUGUGGAUUUUAUCCUGCGAUUUUUUAUUGUAUGCUUGACAAAGCAAUUUUCACAUGUUGGAUGGAGCAGGCCAAUGUGCCGGACAGUAAGAGAUGCUGUUUAUAUUCUUGAUGCCAUUGUAGGCGUUGAUUACGAUGAUAAUGCAACUAAAGCCGCAGCCCAGUUCAUUCCACCCAAUCACUACAAGCAAUUCCUUAAUCCUAAUGGCCUUAAAGGGAAGCGAUUAGGGAUAGUCAGGAAACCCUUCUUCGAGUUCUAUAAUGACAACGGAUCUGUUGUUUCUCAAGCUUUCGAGCGCCACCUCAACACACUAAGGCAAAAGGGAGCAAUUCUGGUAGAUCAUUUGGAAAUUUCCAACAUUAGUGUGAUCUUAAAUCCCGAUGCAAGUGGUGAACUAGUUGCAUUGUUCGCUGAGUUCAAGCCAGCUUUAAAUGCAUACCUGAAACAACUAGUGAAAUCCCCGGUACGAACCUUAGAAGACAUCAUUGCCUUCAACAAGAACUUCUCCCUCUUGGAUCAAGACCUGUUGUUAAUGGCUGAGUCCAUGGAAGGAGCAGACGAACAGCUGAAGGUAGCAGUGGAAAAUCUGAACAAACUUUCAAGAAAUGGAUUGGAGAAAUUGGUGAGGGAGCAUAAUCUAGAUGCCCUAGUGGCUCCUUAUGAUAUGGAAAGGAGCUCAAGUAUCUCAAGAGUUCUUGCAAUUGGAGGAUAUCCAGGAAUCACUGUCCCCGCUGGGUAUGACACUAGGGGGUUGCCCUUUGGCAUCUGCUUUGGAGGAUUAAAGGGUACAGAGCCAAAACUAAUAGAGAUUGCUUAUGGCUUUGAGCAGGCCACUAAGAUAAGGAAGCCUCCUGUAGUUCAUUAGAACUCAAGGAUUUAGAGUAAAGUUUCCAAGUAUCUUCAGCUCUAUAUAUAUAUAUAUAUAUAUAUAUAUAUAUAUAUAUGUGUGUGUGUGUGUGUGUGUCACCAUUUCUUGCACAGUCUAUUUUGAUUAAAGCUCAAACUCGAAAUUCUACAAUUCUGUAAAAGACUUCAAUCUAUAAUUUUUUUUUUCCAACUUGAAAAGAAUAUAUAGAAAAUUAUUGAAUAUUUUC